AACGAUGUAAUGCAAUCAUGGCGGAUGCUGCUGCGCGUCAAUUGCAGUACGAAUAUAAAGCGAAUUCCAAUCUCGUUUUACAAGCUGACGUCCGGUUAAUAGAAAGACGCAGCCGAGAUGAGGCUACCGGCGAGGUUAUGUCCCUCGUGGGAAAAUUGGAUGGUACACGUAUGGGUGAUAGGGCCCAGCGUACCAAACCUGGGAAGGCGGAAGAGAGAAAAGUCAAACGUCAAAAGCGCGAUGAGGCGCAAUAUGACUUCACACGUAUGAAAGGAGCAACAUUAUUAUCCGAAGGUGUGGAUGAAAUGGUUGGUAUUGUAUAUCGUCCGAAAACACAAGAGACGCGUCAGACUUACGAGGUAUUGCUCCAUUUCAUACAAGAAGCUUUGAGCGAUCAGCCACGCGAUAUUCUUUGUGGUGCGGCUGACGAAGUACUAGCUGUGUUGAAAAAUGAUCGGCUUAAAGAGAAAGAAAAGAAAAAAGAAACAGAGCUUUUACUUGGUUUAUUAGCGGAAGAAAGAUUCGCGCUGCUUGUAAACCUCGGUAAGAAGAUUACGGAUUUCGGCAGUGACGAAAAAACUACAACCAACGAUGAGAAUAUUGAUGAAACAUAUGGGAUCAAUGUACAGUUUGAGGAGAGUAGCGAAGAGGACGAUGAAGAUGUGUAUGGAGAAGUUCGAGAAAAUGAUGACGAAGGAGAUGAGGGUGAAGAAGCCAAUGACGAUAGAGCUAUUCAUGCAGAAAAUUUGGGUGGAACAGAAGAAAUGAAGAAAGAAAAACCGUUACAUCCAUUAGAUAUAGAUGCGUAUUGGUUGCAAAGAAGAUUAAGUAGGAUAUAUGACGAUGCUAUGAUGUCACAAGCGAGAGCUGCUGAGGUACUAGCUGUCUUGAAAGACGCCGCGGACGAUCGUGAAUGCGAGAAUCAGCUUGUACUUCUAUUGGGUUAUGACUGCUUUGACUUUAUUAAACAACUUAAAAAAUACAGACAUACAGUUGCGUACUGUACAAUGUUGGCCUCAUCGCAGUCUGAAUCAGAAAGACAAAAGAUCCGUAACAAGAUGAACGAUGAUCCGGUUCUUGCCAAAAUCUUACGGCAAUUAGAUACGGGUAAAGGCGAAGACGACGCUGACGAGACAAUGGAAGCAAGAUCGCAGCGCAAGAGGCGGGAAGAGAAUGAAGAUACAGGAGGGCCAGGGGGACAAGUACAAGGUACAAGAAACUUGAUAGAUCUGGAGGAUCUGAUAUUCGCUCAGGGAAGUCACUUUAUGGCCAACAAACGUUGCCAACUACCAGACGGCAGUUUUCGAAAACAGCGAAAAGGAUACGAAGAAGUUCAUGUUCCUGCUUUAAAACCGAAGCCGUUUGCAGAAAAUGAGAAACUACAUCCAAUUGAACAAUUGCCCAAGUAUGUGCAACCUGCUUUUGAAGGCUUCAAGACAUUGAAUCGCAUACAAAGUCGCUUAUAUCAGACGGCGUUGGAGAGUGACGAAAAUCUGCUGCUGUGUGCUCCAACAGGAGCUGGUAAAACCAAUGUGGCACUGCUGUGCAUGAUGCGAGAAAUUGGAAAGCAUAUAAACGCUGAUGGUACAAUCAAUGCAGAUGAGUUCAAAAUAAUUUAUGUCGCUCCGAUGCGUUCUCUGGUGCAAGAAAUGGUCGGAAAUUUUCGCAAGCGAUUGUCAACAUACAAUCUGACUGUCUCCGAAUUGACGGGUGAUCAUCAGUUAACACGAGAGCAAAUUGCCGCUACUCAGGUGAUAGUGUGCACGCCGGAAAAAUGGGAUAUCAUAACGAGAAAGGGUGGCGAGAAAACUUUCACGUCAUUAGUACGCGUGAUUAUUAUUGAUGAGAUUCACUUAUUGCACGACGAGAGAGGUCCUGUCCUAGAGGCGCUGGUGGCAAGAACGAUACGAAACAUCGAAACUACUCAGGAAGAUGUGCGUCUAGUCGGCUUGUCGGCCACAUUACCCAAUUAUCAAGAUGUUGCAGCGUUUUUACGCAUUAAACCGGAAACGGGACUGUUUUAUUUCGACAACAGUUUUCGUCCUGUAGCUUUGGAACAGCAAUAUAUCGGCGUCACCGAAAAGAAAGCAUUGAAACGUUUCCAGGUGAUGAAUGAGAUUGUCUACGAAAAGACCAUGGAACACGCCGGCAGGAAUCAGGUACUGAUAUUCGUGCACUCGCGUAAAGAAACCGGAAAAACGGCACGCGCUAUUCGAGACAUGUGUCUGGAGAAGGAUACUUUGGGUCAAUUUCUCAGAGAAGGUUCCGCGUCGAUGGAGGUUCUAAGAACAGAGGCGGAGCAAGUGAAAAAUCAGGAGCUUAAGGAUCUGCUGCCAUACGGUUUUGCGAUUCAUCACGCCGGGAUGACUCGGGUGGAUCGUACCCUGGUAGAGGAUCUCUUCGCCGAUAGACACAUACAAGUUCUCGUGUCUACAGCAACUUUAGCCUGGGGCGUCAAUUUACCGGCUCACACGGUUAUUAUCAAGGGUACCCAGGUAUACAAUCCGGAAAAGGGUAGAUGGGUCGAGCUGGGCGCUUUAGACGUACUGCAAAUGUUAGGACGAGCCGGUCGACCGCAGUACGACACCAAAGGCGAGGGCAUCCUCAUCACGAAUCAUAGCGAGCUACAGUAUUAUCUGUCGCUCUUAAAUCAGCAACUACCCAUUGAAUCCCAAUUAAUCAGCAAGAUGUCCGACAUGUUGAACGCGGAGGUGGUGUUAGGUACGAUUCAAAAUAUCAGAGAUGCGGUUACCUGGCUUGGUUACACUUAUCUUUACAUUAGAAUGCUUCGCUGCCCGAAUCUAUACGGGAUAAGUCACGACAAGUUGAAGCAAGAUCCUUUAUUGGAGCUGCAUAGAGCUGAUCUAAUCCACUCGGCGGCACUCGGAUUGGAUCGCAGCGGCUUGAUCAAGUACGAUCGCAAGUCCGGCAAUUUUCAGGCGACCGAGUUGGGCAGAAUAGCGUCUCAUUAUUAUUGCACUCACGAAACAAUGUCUACGUACAAUCAGUUGUUGAAGCGCACGUUGAGCGAGAUAGAAUUGUUCCGGGUGUUCUCACUGUCGGGCGAGUUCAAAAAUAUAAAUGUCAGGGAGGAAGAGAAGUUGGAGCUGCAGAAACUGAUGGAAAGGGUGCCGAUACCGGUGAAGGAAAGCAUCGAGGAACCGAGCGCGAAGGUGAAUGUGCUAUUGCAAGCGUAUAUUUCACAACUGAAACUCGAGGGAUUCGCUCUCAUGUCCGAUAUGGUAUUCGUGACGCAAUCAGCCUCGCGUCUCAUGAGAGCCAUCUUCGAGAUUGUUCUGUUCCGCGGUUGGGCACAAUUGGCGGACAAGUGCCUGUCCAUCUGCAAGAUGAUCGAUCGCAGGAUGUGGCAGUCGAUGUCGCCUCUCAGACAAUUCCGCAAGAUGCCGGAGGAAAUUGUGAAGAAGAUCGAGAAGAAAAACUUCCCAUGGGAGAGGUUGUAUGAUUUGGGGCCCAACGAGAUCGGCGAAUUGAUUCGCGUGCCGAAGCUGGGCAAGACCAUUCACAAAUACGUCCACCAGUUUCCGAAACUGGGCCUUUCCACGCAUAUCCAACCGAUCACGCGUUCCACUUUAAGAGUCGUGCUGACUAUCACCCCGGACUUCCAGUGGGACGAGAAGGUUCACGGUAUGUCCGAAGCAUUUUGGAUUUUAGUCGAGGACGUAGAUUCGGAGGUAAUAUUGCAUCACGAGUACUUUUUGCUCAAGGCCAAAUAUGCGGCUGAUGAACAUGUGAUUAAAUUCUUCGUGCCAGUCUUCGAGCCUCUGCCACCACAGUACUUUUUGCGCGUGGUGUCUGAUCGGUGGAUCGGCGCGGAGACGCAAUUGCCCGUAAGCUUCCGACAUCUGAUAUUGCCCGAGAAGAAUCUACCGCCUACGGAAUUGCUGGAUCUGCAGGCGCUGCCGAUAACGGCGUUACGAAAUGCCAAAUUCGAGAACAUCUAUUCUGAUUUUCCGCAGUUUAACCCGAUCCAGACACAGGUGUUCAAUGCGAUCUACAAUUCCGACGAUAAUGUGUUCGUUGGAGCGCCCACAGGUUCAGGAAAGACGACCAUCGCGGAAUUUGCGGUACUAAGAUUACUAACGCAGAAUCCGGAAGGACGAUGCGUAUAUAUGGUGAGCAAGGAAGCUUUAGCCGAAUUGGUCUAUGCCGCGUGGGCGGCAAAAUUCGGCCAACAGCUGGGAAGAAAAGUUGUCCUGCUGAGCGGUGAAACGGGAACGGAUUUGAAGCUCCUGGCCAAAGGUCAGAUCAUUAUCACCACGGCGGACAAAUGGGACGUGUUAUCACGCAGGUGGAAGCAGCGGAAGAACGUGCAGAACAUCCAGCUGUUUAUCGUGGAUGAGCUGCAGCUGAUCGGCGGUGAGGAGGGCCCGGUGUUAGAAGUUGCAUGUUCGCGAGCCCGUUAUAUCUCUUCGCAGCUCGACAAACCCACCAGGAUAAUAGCGUUAUCGGCCUCGUUAGCCGACGCCAAAGACGCAGCACAGUGGUUGGGAGCACCGGCAGCAGCAACCUUCAAUUUUCAUCCUUCUGUGCGACCGGUACCUUUAGAGCUGCACGUGCAAGGUAUAAACGUCACCCACAACGCGUCGAGAUUAGCCGCCAUGGCAAAACCGGUGUAUAACGCGAUUCUCCGGCAUGCCGCGCACAAACCGGUGAUCGUAUUUGUACCCACUCGUCGGCAGGCGAGAUUAACGGCCAUCGACUUGCUAACAUUCACGGCGGCCGAGGGUCAACCCUCGAAAUUCUUCCAUGCAGAAGAGGCUGACAUUAAGCCGUUCCUCGAUCGCAUGACCGACAAAACGCUAAAGGAAACUCUGUCGCAAGGUGUGGCUUACCUUCACGAGGGUCUAUCGGCCGACGAUCGUCGUUUAGUCGAGCAACUGUUCGACAGCGGAGCUAUCCAAGUGGCGGUCGCGACGAGGGAUCUCUGUUGGGGUUUAUCUAUCAGCUCCCACCUUGUUGUAGUCAUGGACACGCAGUGUUACAACGGCAAGACACAUGCUUAUGAAGAUUAUCCAAUCACGGACGUGCUGCAAAUGGUGGCGCGAGCUAAUCGCCCACUAGAAGACGAGGACGCCAAGUGCGUGCUACUAUGUCAAAGCUCGAAAAAAGAUUUCUUCAAGAAGUUCCUGAAUGAGCCACUACCAGUGGAAAGCCACUUGGAUCGCCGGCUGCAUGAUCACUUCAAUGCGGAGAUUGUGACGAAGACGAUCGAAAACAAACAAGACGCGGUUGACUACCUCACGUGGACAUUCCUGUACCGACGACUCACUCAGAACCCUAAUUACUACGGCCUGCAAGGCGUCACGCAUCGGCACCUAUCGGAUCAUCUGUCCGAGUUGGUCGAGAGUACAUUGACCGACCUAGAACAAGCCAAGUGUGUCGCCGUAGAAGACGAGAUGGAUACUUUGCCGCUCAAUCUGGGAAUGAUCGCCGCCUACUAUUACAUCAAUUACGCCACCAUCGAAUUGUUCAGUCUGUCUCUCAACAAUAAGACGAAGAUCAGGGGUUUGUUGGAGAUUAUUUCAGCAGCUGCUGAGUACGAGAGCGUUCCAGUGCGACAAAGAGAAGAGAAUUUACUGAGAAGUUUGGCUGCGCGUCUACCUCAUGCGCCACAAGCCGCUAGAAUGGCUGAUCCUCACGUGAAAGCGCAGCUUCUGCUCCAAGCUCACUUGUCGAGGAUACAGCUAGGUCCAGAAUUGCAGAAGGACACCGAACUGGUGCUGGGCAAGGCCGUGAGGCUGAUACAAGCUUGCGUCGACGUGCUGAGCUCUUCUGGAUGGUUGGCACCCGCCGUCGCCGCUAUGGAACUUGCGCAGAUGGUGACGCAGGCGAUGUGGUCCAAGGAUUCCUAUUUAAAGCAACUGCCGCACUUCACAGCGGAGACCAUCAAGCGCUGCACCGACAAAGGCGUGGAGACCGUGUUCGACGUGAUGGAGCUCGAGGAUGACGAUCGAAAUCGGCUGUUGCAGUUAACGGAUGCGCAGAUGGCGGACGUGGCUAAAUUCUGUAACCGGUAUCCUAACAUUGAGAUGUCGUAUGAGGUACAAGAUAAAGACAAAUUGCACAGCGGCGGCACGGUAAACGUGAUUGUACAAUUGGAACGGGAGGACGAGGUAAUUGGACCGGUAGUCGCGCCAUUCUUCCCGCAAAAACGUGAGGAAGGCUGGUGGGUGGUGAUCGGCGACCCAAAGAGCAACUCCUUGCUCUCUAUCAAGCGCCUGACGUUACAACAGAAGGCAAAGAUCAAACUGGAUUUCGUUGCUCCGGCACCCGGCCAGCACUCCUACACCCUGUACUUCAUGAGCGACGCUUAUCUCGGUUGCGAUCAAGAAUACAAAUUUACUAUCAACGUCGGAGAGUACGAAACGGAUGCCAGUUCCGGUUCGGAUUCCGAGUAAAAUAACAAAUCUACGACGUUUCAUAAUAUCUACCAUUUUCUUGUUCCGCGUAGGUCUAUCUAUAUCUAUGUCAAGAGUAUAUAUACGUGAUCGUACCACCUUUAAAUUUUUUAAAUUUAUUAACACUGUUAGAGCAAUCUUUCGUGUGAAUGCAGUGCGACAGUUUCUUCAUAUUUAAAUUUUCUAUUUCAAAUAUUUCAAAAUUUUCUUUCAGUUCUCGCUCUUCUAACAGCACCUGUGCGGAAUAAAAAUAUUGUAUUUCUUGUCUUUUGCUUUAAUUUAAGAUAAAGAGAAAUGCGUAGAAAAACUUAUAUAUCUCACAGUCCUAUAAUCUAAGCAACGUCUAAUGUAAUUUAAAUGGUUGAUGUUACAAUAAGAUACGUAAGAAUAAAAAUUUUAUAUUUAAAGGGA